ACCCAUUUCAAUGCUUCUUUCUAACUCACGUCCUUUGUUCCAUUUCUGGUUAUGAAACCGAUCACACUUUGAUCUCUUCUUGCAUAUCCCUCCUCUCUCUCUCUCUCCAAUAUCUUUCUCCAAAUCCCACUGAAAAUGAGGAACAGAAUCUACCAUCUCUUCCCAGGUGAUUUUUAGCAUUCACCACCAACUAUCCUUCCAAAAACCACCUUUUUCACCUUCUUCCAACCCUACACUACAAACACUCCUUUCCCCUCUUAGGUGCUUCCCUAAUAGCGUCCUUUUCCACAAAUAUUUUCUUUCUCAAGUUACAAAACAUAACCAUAACCUUUCCUUUAUCUUUAAAGCCAACCCUAGCUAAAAAAAGAACCAUAUAUACAUAAAUAUUUAUGGAAGGUUUUCACCCAUCUAUGAAUAUGAGCAUGAGCAUGAACAUGAACCCUUCUUUUUCAUAUACUUUCCCUAUCACUGCUACUGCUUCUGGUGCUAUCACCAAUAUUACUACUACCACCACCACUUACAACACUACCAGUACUACUCCAUGGAUGAACAGCAGGAUAUGGAGUAAGCUUCCUCACAGACUACUUGAUCGCAUCAUUGCUUUCCUUCCUCCACCUGCUUUCUUCCGUGCUCGUGCUGUCUGCAAGAGAUUUUACUCUCUUCUCUUUUCCAACUCUUUCCUUGAAUUAUACCUUCAAGUUUCACCUCGUUUCCACUGGUUCAUAUUCUUCAAACAUAAAACCAGAUCAAAAACCCACAUCUACAAAAACAACACCAUCACUGAUAAUAAUUCCUUUGAAGGCUACAUCUUUGAUCCUAAUGAAGUGGCAUGGUACCGUAUUUCCUUCGCUUUAAUCCCUUCUGGUUUCUCACCAUCUUCUUCAUCUGCUGGUUUACUAUGCUGGGUUUCUGAUGAGUCCGGUCCAAAAACAAUGCUUCUCUCAAACCCGAUCCUCGGUUCCAUUACUCAGUUACCACCAACACUAAGACCAAGACUCUUCCCUUCAAUAGGUUUAACCAUUACUCCAUCUUCCAUAGAUGUUACUGCUGCAGGUGAUGACAUGAUAUCACCUUAUGCAGUCAAAAACCUAUCAUCUGAAAGCUUUCAUAUAGAUGCAAGUGGGUUUUACUCCAUUUGGGGAACAACCUCUUCAUUGCCAAGACUCUGUAGUCUUGAAUCAGGUAGAAUGGUUUAUUCACAAGGGAAAUUUUACUGCAUGAACUGUAGUCCUUUCAGUGUUUUAGCUUAUGAUAUAGCUACAAACACCUGGUUCAAAAUUCAAGCUCCUAUGAGGAGGUUUUUAAGGUCACCUAACUUGGUUGAAUGCAAAGGAAAGUUGUUGCUUGUUGCUGCUGUUGAGAAGAGUAAGCUGAAUGUUCCAAAGAGUUUGAGGGUCUGGAGUUUGCAAGGCUGUGGAAGUGUGUGGGUGGAAACUGAGAGAAUGCCACAACAACUUUAUGUUCAGUUUGCUGAUAUGGAAAAUGGGAAUGGAUUUGAGUGUGUUGGGAAUGGUGAGUUUAUUGUGAUAAUGAUUAAAGGGAGUGAUAAGGGUUUGGUGUAUGAUAUAGGAAGGAAGAGGUGGCAGUGGAUUCCACCAUGUCCUUAUGCUGGUUAUGAUGGGUUUGAGUUGCAUGGUUUUGCUUAUGAUCCUAGGUUGGCAACACCUGUUACUGCUCUACUUGAUCAGUUGGCAAUGCCUCUUCCGCAGUUUUAAUUCACAAAUGCUUCUGAAAUAGUAUAGGGGUUAUCAUAUGAAAGUAUAAUGUUUAAUUAAUGAUGGUAUGGAUGUGUAGUGAUUAAUAUGUAUUUGAAUGAAUGUCUCGUGUUGUGUAUUAGCAAUGAUCAGUUUAAUAACUUAAACUGUUAAUCUUGGUUGUUUUGAAUCUUAAUGCAAUAUGAUUUUAUAA